AUGCUGACAAUAUCUUCCGAAGUAGAUUACGAUUAUAGUGCCCUAACUAAAACAUAUAUGAGUAUUUUCAAUUCUCAGCGCUUUUCCCAAUUUCUAAACACAACACAAACAGGCUCGGCGCAUAGCUCCUCUGGAAUAGAUUUUGGAUUAUUCCUGAAAACAUUGUUUACGUCCCUAUGUUUUUGUAUUAUACAGCUUACCUUAUUUUGUUUGUUUAGGUCAGUUUUCAACUUCCUUUAUCAACCACGAUGUUUUUGUGUUCCAGUCAAUGAAAGAAUGGAAUGUCUUCCGCGAGGGUUCUUGAAUUGGAUCAUACCCACAUUGAAAUGCAGUAUCAACAAUUAUUUAUCCCUCGGAUUAGAUGCUUACUUCUUUGUUAGGUUUAUUAGUGUAUUACUGUUGUUUUUUUUAUUUUCAGGCACCUUGAAUAUGGUUAUUUUAAUUCCAAUCAAUUUCACCGGUAGUGACUCAGAAUUUUCAGCUUCAGGAUUAGACAAGUUGAGUCUUUCAAAUAUUGCAAAUACAAAAGUCAAGAGGUUAAAUGCUCAUUUCAUCAUGGGACUAUUAACCAUCGGGUUCUUUCACUGGUUAAUUAUAUAUGAGCUCCAAAGUUUUCUCAUUAUCAGACAAUCAUAUUUACUAUCAUCUACACAUAAAUCUUCAGUCAUGGCUAGAACUUUGUUGAUAUCAAAUGUUCCUACAUAUUUGCAACAACAUGACGUCCUUCGAAGUGUACUAAAAACUAUACCUGGUGGGAUUAGUAAUAUUUGGGAUGUGUAUGAUUUUGAAAGAAUAGAUCAUGAGGUUCAAAGAGCCAAAUACGCUUUAAAAGUUUUGGAGGAAGCACAAAUUGCUGGGUUAAUGAAGUAUUAUAGUUCAAAGAAAAGUUACUUUUGUUGCCAAACACCCACUCCUAAUGGAGACACCAAUAAACUAGAAUUCUUUCAUGACCAUAAGAAUCAAGUAUAUUUUUAUCCUCCGAUAUAUCUUGGACUCGUUAAAAUUCCUAAGUUUGAUAGAAGUUUUAGAAUGAAGCUCCCAGGGUGGUGGAGAAUGUUUAUGUUUGAAAAACGAGUUUCCAAGACCGAUUGGGCUAUACACACACUUCUGGAAUGUCACCAAUACAUUGAUCAAGAAAAGUUGAAAUUAGCCAAUGGACAAUUGACCAAACACAAUAAGUUGUUCAUCGAAUUCAAAACUCAAGAAGGUGCCUAUAUUGCCCACCAGUGUUUACUUUCUCAAACUCAAGGAUGCCUUGACAAAACAUUGAUUGAAAUAAACCCGGCAGAUGUUAUCUGGAGAAACGUGUCAAGAAAUGACGGCAUUGCUUGUAAAUUUGAAAAGUACUUGGUGACUAUCAUAUUCAUUUGUAUUAUUAUCCUAUACGUUAUCCCGGUAUCAUUGAUUGGGUUGGUAUCCCAGAUUCCCCUCCUUACACAAUUAAUGCCCUUUCUCAAAUGGAUCUAUCAUUUUCCUGAAGAAGCACGUGCAACAAUAUCUGGUUUCCUUCCUUCAAUACUCCUUACCAUUUUAACUGAAAUAUGUAUGGUGACAUUCAGAUUCUUGACAUACUUCAAAAGAAGAACUACAGGAAGUGAGGUAGAGCUUGAUUUGCAGAAAUGGUAUUUUGCAUUCUUAUUUGUUCAGCAAUUUCUAGUUGUUACUAUCCUGUCGAGUGUAACUGUGAUUUUCAAACAAAUAAUUGACCAACCAACAUCCAUUCCAGUGUUGUUAGCCACAAACCUUCCUAAAUCAGCUACAUUCUUUUUUCAAUAUAUGUGUCUUCGAGCAUUUGCAUUUUGUGGAAGUAACUUCCUUAGAAUAAACCAACUAAUUUUGACAAACACACAUUAUAGGAGAAUUGAUAAAACUCCAAGACAGAAAUUUAGUCGCCUAACCAAUCUACCUAAAAUAAAAUGGGGUACAACAUUUUCCGUUUAUUCAAUAUACGGUUGUAUUGGAAUAUCAUACUCAAUCAUAUCACCAUUAAUAUCAAUUUUCAUUAUAUUCUUUUUAAGUCUUUCCAUUUUAUAUUACAAAUAUGCAUUAAAGUAUGUCAAUAGCCACCUUAACGAGUCUGAAACCAUGGGAAGAUUGUACCCAAUAGCUCUACUUCAUUUAUACACCGGGAUUUACUGUCUUGAAUGUUGUCUUAUUGGGGUAUUCUUUCUUCUGAAAGACCAAAAUGGAGCGUAUCCAAUGAGAGUUCAGGGGUGGAUCAUGACUGGGGUAUUGUUUCUUACUAUAUUUGCAAACACUUUGAUUUAUAACAGAUUCAUUCCUCAUUUUUCAAACUUGCCUAUUCUAUCCGAUAAAAUUUAUCGAGAAUCCAGUGAAAAAGUCGAAUCUCCUGUUCCUGAAGAUUCAGAUUACGAAAUAAGUGAAAGUUCUUACGUUAAUCACAAAUUGUUGUAUUUACAUCCUGCCUUCAAAUAUGAACCACCUAAGAUUUGGUUACCUCAAGAUCCUGAUGGUUAUGCCGAAUUGCAAAUACAAGAAAUUGAGUCCAUGUUGGAUUCACUAUCUGGAGGAGUUACCGAGGGAGCACAAAUAAGAUUCACCAAACCAUUUAACAGUUUAAAAUUGACAAUUUCAGAAGCACCUCCUGAUUAUAAAUAA